CGCUUUCACAGCUCUCUCUCGAUGAACCUGCCUUUCACUCCCAUGCGCAAUUGCACUGCACUCUUACACGAUAUCUCAAAAAUUCUUCGGUUGUUCGACAACCGUUGACGAGGGCAUUAUUUGCUCACGCUGCGACGAAGCAAACGCAUCUUGGCACUCCCGUACAUUCCGUGUAGACCAGAACGCGCGCGAUCCCCAGCCACCCCAUCAAGGACACUUAUACCGCGUUUGCGGGCGCAAGCCGAGCCGUCCCACCACUGAAACAGGUUUCUUCAAUCCCAUUGAGUGCUAGACUCGAGGAAUCGCACUUCUACAAUUCUGCAAUAUGCCACCAAAGGGUCAGAUCGUGCCAGCGAGGAAGAACGUUGCGCGACCGACGCGCGGAAGGGGAGGUGGAACGGGACGAGGUGGAGGAGUUGCGCGCGGACGAAGGAGCUCAGGAGUGCCCCCCCCGAGCAAGGCUGGAGAUCCAACACGCUACCCAGCUAAGAAACGCUUCAAGCCCGGCACCGUGGCCUUGCGCGAGAUCCGGAAAUACCAAAAGGGGACUGAGCUGUUGUUGCGAAAGUUGCCAUUUGCGCGAGUGGUCAAAGAAAUAGCGAAUAGGUACAACUGGGAUGAGCAGACAGGAAACAGCCUUCGCUGGCAAAGUGGCGCCAUUCAAGCUCUCCAGGAGGCAACUGAGGCCUAUCUUGUCAGCCUCUUCACCGAUGCCAACCUCUGCGCCAUUCACGCCAAACGCGUCACUAUUCAGCAGAAGGAUAUACAGUUAGCGAGAAGGUUGCGUGCUGCCUGGGGCAAUCCCGUCUGAGAGCAUGUUGCAGUUCUUAUGGCUCUUUCUUCAAUUCCUCUCAGGAGGUGAUCUUAAUGGGAGGAGUGGCGCGAACAACUUCUAGUGCAUGUCGCAGUUCAUUUAGGAGAGCGAUCCAAGCGUGAGGAUCCAUGAUAUCCACCUGGCGCAGCUUGAAUGGUUGAUUGGGAUUGGCUUCCGGCGGCGUUCCAAGGCUCAUCGGGGUUCAAUUGGUCUUGACUAUUAUUGAGCGUUGCGGUCCUGGAUUCCGGGUUUCUUUUCAGAUGUCAUAUCAAAUCUGUGUAUUACUGAGACGCAUUUUGGCAGUCAAAAUGAAAAC